AUGCCUUCUGUACGAGGUAUUCUCGACAAGCUCAUUGGCAAGAAGCCGGUAGAGACUCCACCACCGAUCACCACCCGUACCGCCGUCCUGCUACUCAUCCUCUAUACUUGUAUCUAUGUGGUGCCUUUCUAUCUCUCACAUCGCACCAGGCCGUCCGCUCAGCUGUCCCGUGAUGCCCCGUCCGUCAUCCGGGCCCGCAUCACCUCAGUGCUGAUAUCUUGCCUGGUCUGCUCCGUGGCCACCUUUUACGUCGUUACCAAGUAUGGCCAGAUUUCGCCCUUGGGCGCCCUACGGAUGAUGGGGUACUGGCCCGUGGGCCUUGUCGAGACCGCCAAAUCUCUCGCCCUGACCAUGCUUCUCUUUCUGGGGCCACUAUUUGAGUAUUUUGUGGUCGAGCGCGGUUGGCGCGAGUGGAUCGCCCUCACGCCAGUGUAUGAGCUCUUUGUCGAGUGGACAACGUGGCGUAAUAUCGUUGCCGGCCCCGUGACGGAGGAAAUCCUCUUCCGCUCCGCCGGCAUCCCUCUGAUGCUGCUUGCCAAGACCUCGGUCACCAAGACCAUCUUCCUGACGCCCAUCAUCUUUGGCCUCGCCCACAUGAACCACUUUUACGAGUUCCGCAUAUCGCACCCCCAAGUGCCGGUCGGCGCCGCCGCCCUGAGGUCCGUCUUCCAGUUCUGCUUUACCACGCUGUUUGGCGCAUACGCCACCUUUGUCUUCCUCAGGGGCGGCAGCCUGUUGAGCGUGUGUCUGAUCCACGCCUUUUGCAACUCAAUGGGCCUGCCGAGGCUUUGGGGCCGCGUGGAGCCGCCCGCUACCGCUGGAGAGCUUGCCGGGGAUGGACAGAAGCCGCAGCCCAAGGCCACGGGGCUCACGGUGGCCUACUACGUGCUGCUCGUGACCGGGGCCGUUCUGUUCUAUCAGAACAUCUUUUCGCUUACCAAAAGCCCCCUAGAGCUUGCUUCCAUUCGGUAA